AUGGCUGGGGUCUACAGGGCCCCAUUUCAUCCCAGCUACCUUCUUGCCGUCUCCUCGGCCUGCGCACGGAACUCCACUCCCUCGGUGACGCGAAAAUCUCCAGCUGUGAUGGCUCACUUGGUCCAGAGUGAGCUUUCCCGUCCCAGGGGCCGGUAUUCUAACGGCUCAGUAAGGACAUGUCAGAACUGUGCCAGAGCAAAGAUACGGUGCAAUCGCCACGGGGCUACGGGGAGUUGCGAACGAUGCGAACGGCUGGGGAAAGAGUGUCAUUUCCCAGAAACCCGAAGCACAAAUGGAGGGACCAAGAGAGAGAGCAAGGACAGGUUAGUUGCGAGCCACGGACAAGUAGGUCGCCUUUUAACCAAGCAUAGGAGGAUCGAUCUACUCGAAGCCAAAGUCGAUCAGCUGCUAGCGACGUCGGUAUCUCCAAGCCUGAGGGGUAACAGCACGGCCAAUGGGAGCCCUGCAAGCACUGUUUCGCAGUCCAAGGAUGCCAUUGACAAAGGCUUGCUUACCGUGGAGGCCGCCAACAUGCUGCUUAAUGAAUUUCGGACGACACUAAUGCCUCACUGUCCAUUCGUAGUCGUCCCACCACAGACCUCUGCCGAAAGCCUAAGGAAAGACAAGCCGUUUCUCUUCCUUACUAUCUUGACGGCUACUCUGUAUGACAACAUGCCUCUGCAGCGUAUGCUCGAAAAAGAGGUGAAGAAGAAGGUUAGCGACUGCAUGAUUUACGAUGGACCCAUCUCAUUCGAGGUGCUGCAAGGGCUGCUAGUCCACAUUGCAUGGUGUCAAUAUCAUUCACGGCCACGCCGGUUCUCUCAAUAUCUACACCUUGCGAUCAGCAUUAUCACGGACCUGCAACUGGACCGUGCGCAUGAGUAUCGACUCUGGAGGACUCGAGUGAACUUUAAUCCUGAAGAACACAAAGAGUCGGUAUCUUGGGGGCACGAUGAAAGACGGGCCGUCCUCGGUAUCUUUUAUUUCGCAUCGAGCGUUUCGCAGAUCCUCCACAAACAAUGCACCUUUCCGUAUAUGCCUUACUUUGAUGACUGCUGCAAGCUUCUGGCCACAGAUGCCGAGUAUGCCUCCGACCAGCACCUGCUUCAUAUAGUACAACUUCAACGAUUAUCGGAGAGGAUUACUUUUAUUUCAUCACAGAACAUUCUAGGGACCCACGGCCCUGGCUCAAGCAGUGAGCGUUCGUUUCGUGAGAUGAAACUGGAGCUGGAGCAAUAUCGGGCUAGCCUACCCUGUCCGUUGAAUGAAAACAAUAUCCUUUACAUGCAAUACUAUACUGCUGAACUGUAUCUCUGCCAGAUCAGCUUGUUCGAUCAUAAACCCAGUACACAAAGCCCGCGGCGUGAAGUCCCAUUUCAAAUUGAGGCCCUACGUAUGGGUCUCAUUGCGGCCAAAGCGCUACUCGAUCACUAUGUCUGCCUCCCGUUGCGCAGCGAAAUGGCGUUUAACAACGCCAUAUGGAUUCAGAUCGGCUUCGCGCUGACUCUGGCGUGCAAGCUUGUUGUAGCAGCAUCAGAGCCUUCGAUACAGCCUCACACAGCGGAGUUGUGCCGUGCGCUUGACAUAUCCAGCAUGCUCAGUCGGUGUAUCCUCCGCAUCCAGGCGCUAGUUACGUCUAGCUUGGAUGCCUCCGGUGACCGAGAUGUCUUCUACCACUAUGAACAGCGACUGAAACGAGUUCAGUGGUGGUUUGGAAACCGGAUGUUAUCAAAGAAUAAGAAUGAUUCCAUUCAACCUGCGGUGCAACCAACUGACGACAUGAGCUCAUCCACAGCUGAGAACAGUCACGUUGAAUCAUCGCAGCUGCCACUGGACGGAUUAAAUGAUUAUACGAUGAUACCCCCCGAAGUGUACGAUAUGCAAUGGCCGGGUUUCUUUCCCGACGCGACGAUUGAUGAGAUACUCGUCGACUGGAUGGAGUACACGAAGGCGUCUGAGCAGCGCUAG